CCGGCCUGGCCCGGCGGCUCCAGCCAUGUCGGAGACCUACGAUUUCCUCUUCAAGUUCCUCGUGAUAGGGAGCGCCGGCACGGGGAAGUCCUUCCUCCAUCAAUUCAUCGAAAAUAAAUUCAAACAGGAUUCCAACCACACCAUCGGGGUGGAAUUCGGUUCCAAGGUCGUCAACGUCGGCGGGAAGACGGUGAAGUUGCAGAUUUGGGAUACGGCCGGGCAGGAGAGGUUCAGGUCGGUGACUAGAAGCUACUACCGGGGCGCAGCCGGCGCGCUGCUCGUGUACGAUAUCACCAGCCGGGAGACCUACAACGCGCUGACCAACUGGCUGACGGACGCCCGCACCCUCGCCAGCCCCAACAUCGUCAUCAUCCUCUGCGGCAACAAGAAGGAUUUGGACGCCGACCGGGAAGUGACGUUCCUGGAAGCUUCGCGUUUCGCCCAGGAGAACGAGCUGAUGUUCCUGGAGACCAGCGCCCUGACGGGAGAGAACGUGGAAGAAGCUUUCCUGAAGUGCGCCAGGACCAUAUUAAACAAAAUCGAAUCGGGUGAACUCGACCCGGAGCGGAUGGGCUCAGGGAUCCAGUACGGAGACGCCUCCCUUCGCCAGCUGCGCCAGCCCCGGGGGGGCCCGGCCCAGAGCCGGCAGCAGUGCGGUUGCUGAACCCCCAAGGACCACGUGCCUCGCUCGCCGAGCCCCCCCCAGCUUCC